CUCUCACUCUCUCUCCUUCCACUGCGGGAGGCCAUGCUCGCCUCGAUGCGCAGCAUCCGGAGGCUCUCCUCUCUCCGCCGUCUCCUCCACCGUCCCUCUCCUCCUCUGCCAGGAAAAACCAUCCUCCGAUCUCCUUCCCGUCUCCAGAACUCCGUCUUCUUCUCCCUCUUCUCCACCGGCACCUCCGGCCCUUAUGACGGCGGCGAUGGCGGAAACGGCGGAUGUAGAGGUGCCUUGUCUCGCUCUUUUUCGGAGGAGGAUGAGGAGCCUCUGAGCUAUCGGCACACCGAUGCCUACGCGGCCAUCGAGCUCGCGCUGGACUCGGUUGUGAAGGUUUUCACGGUGUCGAGCAGCCCCAAUUACUCUCUCCCGUGGCAGAAUAAGUCCCAGCGGGAGAGCAUGGGCUCUGGAUUUGUGCUUCCUGGACGACGUAUUUUGACCAAUGCUCAUGUUGUAGCUGAUCAUACAUUUGUUCUUGUAAGAAAGCAUGGUUCGCCUACCAAGUAUAAGGCGGAAGUCCAAGCAGUUGGUCAUGAAUGUGACUUAGCCCUUCUCACUGUUGAAAAUGAGGAAUUUUGGGGGAUGAAUUAUUUGGAACUUGGUGAUGUUCUUUUACAAGAGGCAGUUGCUGUGGUUGGGUACCCACAAGGUGGAGACAACAUUUCUGUUACCAAAGGGGUUGUUUCUAGAGUUGAACCGACACAGUAUGUUCAUGGUGCUACCCAACUCAUGGCCAUACAAAUUGAUGCAGCGAUCAACCCAGGGAAUAGUGGAGGACCUGCUAUCAUGGGUGACAAAGUUGCUGGAAUAGCUUUUCAAAAUCUUGCAGGUGCGGAAAACAUUGGGUAUAUAAUCCCAGUUCCCAUAAUAAAACAUUUUAUUGCUGGAGUGGAAGAGAGUGGCAAAUAUGUUGGAUUUUGUUCGCUGGGAUUGUCAUGCCAGGCUACCGAAAAUGCUCAACUAAGAGAGCACUUCCGCAUGCACCCUGAAAUGACUGGUGUUCUUGUGAACAAAAUCAAUCCCCUGUCAGCUGCCCAUAGGGUAUUAAAGAAAGAUGACAUAAUUCUUGCAUUUGAUGGUGUGCCUAUAGCAAAUGAUGGAACAGUUCCUUUUCGAAACAGAGAGAGAAUAACUUUUGAUCAUCUAGUUUCUAUGAAGAAACCCAAUGAAACUGCACAUGUUAGAGUAUUGCGAGAUGGCACAGAGCAUGAAUUCUGCAUUUCUCUUCUCCCUUUACAACCUUUGGUUCCUGUUCAUCAAUUGAUACGCCUACCUAGCUAUUACAUUUUUGCGGGUCUGGUCUUUGUCCAUGACCCAGCCAUACUUCAUGAGUAUGGUGAAGACUGUAUAACACAUCACCCCGCCGACUAUGUGAGCGAGCCAUUGCGAGAACUGCCUAAAAGGGCUGGUGAACAACUCGUCAUCCUUCUCAGGUCUGAUGGAUGAUAUUAAUGCAGGAUAUGAACGGCUGUCUGAGUUACAGGUGAAGAAAGCAAACGGUGUGGAGGUUGAGAAUCUAAAACAUUUGUGUGAGCUGGGUGGAGGUUGCAGUGAAGAAAGCUUAAGAUUGAUUUGAUGAUGAAAGAGUAAUUGUGCUGAACUAUCAAAAUGCCCGGCUAGCUACCUCUCGAAUUCUGAAGCGUCAUAGAAUACCUUCAGCAAUGUCCAGUGACCUGAUUAAUGACCAGACAAAUGUCUCUGAAAUUAAAGUGGCAUGCUCCAGUUGAUGUGAUUCAAGAGACAGGUAGAGAACUGAGGCACUGUUACAUUGUAUUAGCCCUGCCUAACAGUCUUUUUUCUAUAAAAAAAAUUAUUUUAUGAACUAUCUCAUUGGUAGCAAUAUAAUUGUAGAGAACAUCACUCACAUCUUAUUUGAAUGUGAUGAUUCUGAGCAUUUUUGACCCUAACUCUCAGUAAAGUAAGUCAGUGGCACUUAGUAACAAGCCAAUUCUGAGGA